AUGAACGAUACCGACCAGGCGCGCUUCAACGCCCUUUUGGAGUGGAGCAAAGCACAUGGCGGCACUGUUCACCCGACCCUGGAGGUCUACAAAGAUGAUGUGACUGGCUUUUCGAUGCGAGUCAAGCCUUCAUCGACUGGUGGGACUGACGCGACUAUCACAUCCGGCGAAGAGAUUCUGGCCUGUCCCUUCCGCACCAGUCUGUCGUUCCUCAAUGCAACGAGGGGUGGACCAAUUCUAUCACGGCAGUCUGAGCGUGCUGAGGCGCGUCCCGUCUUCCCCACACGGUUCAUGGAGACCCAACCACACGUGAUUGGGCACUUCUUCCUUAUGAAGCAAUAUUUGAUGGGAAAAGACUCAUUCUGGCACCCAUAUAUCAGCACUCUCCCCCAACCAGACUCCAUCUCGUCAUGGAGCCUUCCCCCUUUUUGGCCUGAAGAGGACUUCCGGUUUCUGGGAGGGACGAACGCCGCCGUGGCGGCCCAGGAGAUCCAGGCCAAUGUGAAAAGAGACUACAGGCAGGCGAGGAAGAUUCUCAAGGAGGAGGGUUUCGAAAACUGGCAGGAUUACACCCGGCACCUCUUCAACUGGGCCUUUGCGAUCUUCGCCUCCCGCAGCUUCCGCCCGUCGCUCGUCACCCCCGCGGCCGUCCAGGAGCGCGAGCUGCCCGAGAACGUCGGCAUAGACGACUUCGCCAUGCUGCUUCCCGUGUACGAUGUCAUCAACCAUCACCCCAAGGCCAAUGUACGAUGGGCGGUGGAUGACCACAGCGGUGCCCCAGAGGCGUGUCAUUUCAUCACCUUCGACAGCUACAAGCCCGGCGAGCAGGUGUUCAACACAUACGGAAAGAAGACCAACAGCGAGCUCUUGCUGUCGUACGGCUUCAUGCUGCCGGAGAGCGAAGGUUUCCACAACGACUAUGUGCACCUGCGCAAGAAGGAAAAGGCCUCGGCGGCGAACGAGCAGACAGGGGUGGAGACACCCGAUGAAGCAGGUGCUUCUCGGGCAAGCAAAAAACCACCCAGGGACUUCCUCGUAUCACUGCGCCCGUUCAACCACCAAAGCUCGUUCGUCGGGCAGAACCGGAACUGGGUCGCGAGGGAGGCCGGCUUCGAUAUUCGCCCUGAGUUCUCCCACGUCGAAGACAACCUCGUCUGGGACAUGUGCCUGUCGAUCCCCGGCCCCGACAAGAAGAACAGCUUCAUUGGAAGUGUCCUCAGUACAGCAGGAGAGGAACGGCCACCAACUCCAGAGUACCAGAGCGAGCAUGAGCAAGCAGCACUGCGAAAGAUUCUUUCCAGCUCGUCAGCGUCUUCCGAACAAAUCGAAUCAUUGGUGACCGACGUCAGGCGACUCCUGCUGUCGAAAAUGGGCAUGGAGUACGACAAGUUCCUCAUGGAGGAUCCCAGGUUUGGCGAGGACGAGGAGGGCAACGUGGUCGAAUUCGAUGUGGAGCCGAAGACGCGGAACCAGGAGAUCGCUGUGCAGUAUCGGAAGCAGGUGAUGAAGGUCCUGGAGAAUUCCAUCAGGACGCUUCUUCCUGACAACCUCCGGAUGGAGGACCAGGGGGUCGAGGAGGAAUGA